UCAGGCUAAGAUGGUAAUCAGUGCUUCUGAUAAUGAGGAAUAAGAUAAGGUGUUUGGUUACUAGGAGGGCUAAAACUAAUUUCCUUCCUUCCUCCCUUCCUCCUUCCCUUCUUCCCUUCCUCCCUUCCUCCCUCCCUCCCUCCCUCACUCCCUGUCUUUCUUUAUGUGAGGUAGGUAGGGACAGUAAUUGUGCUAUUUUAAGUGAUCUUUUGAAUUCUCAUUAUAGGAUUAAUCACAAUGAACGGUUGGAGUUCCUAGGUGAUGCUGUUGUUGAGUUCCUGACCAGUGUCCACCUAUACUAUUUGUUUCCUAGUCUGGAAGAAGGAGGAUUAGCAACCUAUCGGACUGCUAUUGUUCAGAAUCAGCACCUUGCCAUGCUAGCAAAGAAACUUGAACUGGAUAGAUUUAUGCUGUAUGCUCAUGGACCUGACCUGUGUAGAGAAUCGGACCUCCGACAUGCAAUGGCUAAUUGUUUUGAGGCUUUGAUAGGAGCUGUUUACUUGGAGGGAAGCCUGGAGGAAGCCAAACAGUUAUUUGGACGCUUACUCUUUAAUGAUCCGCAUGCGAUGAUGCUGCCCGUUUUGACCCAUCAUAUACGCUACCACCAAUGCCUGAUGCACCUGGACAAGUUGAUAGGAUAUACUUUCCAAGAUCGUUGUCUCUUGCAGCUGGCCAUGACUCAUCCCAGUCAUCAUUUAAAUUUUGGAAUGAAUCCUGAUCACGCCAGGAAUUCUUUAUCUAACUGUGGAAUUCGGCAGCCUAAAUAUGGAGACAGAAAAGUUCAUCACAUGCACAUGAGGAAGAAAGGCAUUAAUACCCUAAUAAAUAUUAUGUCACGCCUUGGCCAAGACGAUCCUACUCCUUCAAGGUAAAGUAGAUUUUUUUUAAAAAACAGAUUUAUUGAGAACUAAUUUGUAUGUUAUGUAAUUUACCUAUUCAAAGUCUAUAAUUCAGUUUUUUUGUAGAACGUUCACAAAAUUGUGUAACUUUGAUUACUUUCUAAUCCUAUGAC